CAGAGAGAGAUAUUAUAAUACCUUUAUAUAUGGGCACUCUUAACAAAAAGUUUAAUGAAGAUCAAAUAUCAUACAUAUUAAUACAAAUUAAAAAUCAUGCUACUAAUAACAAAGAUUAUGGGUAUUUAAAGUCUGCAACUACUUGUCUGUCACUAGCUUAUAUAGGCAUUGAAGAUCUAUUAUAUAUGCUAUUUUUGUUAUUGUAUUUGCAAUUAGGUGCAAAAUCAGAAUUAGUUGACAUUCUGUCAAAGUUUACUGAAACAUCUAAUAUGACUUCAUGCAAAUGUAAAAUUGCAGAAGUAUUAGAAGAUUAUAAAACGGAUACUAAGGAAACAGGAAAAGAAUUUGUUAAGAAGAUUAGACUUAAAAUAAGGAAUAUUCAAGUGCUUCAAUCUACACCAGUUUUCACAGCCUCAUCAUCAGUCAAAGUUAGUGAUCUCACAAAUAGCCUUAAACAUUUAUUAUCUGCUUGGGUUGAUCCUCUUGAGGUUGAAAAUGAGAAAGUUAGGCAAAUUAUAAAAGAAAAAUCUGAUCUUGAGGCUGAGAAUUUCAAGCAUAAUAUUGAGAAUGCUAAACUUAAAGCUGAAAAUGCAUCUCUUAUUGAAGAUAUUUUACAGUUUUUAGCUUGUUUAGAAUCAUUGGUAAUCUUAGAGAUUCAAUGA